UGUACGUGCGCGCUCGCGCGGAGGCCUGGCGGCUCCGUGGCGUGAGCGGGAACCUUGUCCCCGGGCCCCAGGCCUGCCACUCGGGAGCGUGUGGAGCGGGAUCGGGAGCGUGUGGAGCGGGAUCCGGAGCGGAGGGAGAGCAAGGAGGAGGAGGAGGAGCCGCAAUGGAAGUGAAGGAUGCUAAUGCUGCUCUUCUCAGCAAUUAUGAGGUGUUCCAGCUACUCACCGACCUCAAAGAGCAGCGGAAGGAGAGCGGCAAGAACAAGCACAGCUCCGGGCAGCAGAGCCUGAACACCAUCAUGUACGAGACCAUGAAGUACUUGUCUAAAACCCCAUGCAGGCACCAGAGUCCCGACAUCCUCCGUGAGUUCCUCAUCUCCAUGAAGGCUCACAAGUUAACCAAGGCAGAAAAACUCCAGCUGCUGAAUCACAGGCCUAUGACUGCUGUGGAGAUCCAGCUGAUGGUAGAAGAAAGUGAAGAAAGAUUGACAGAAGAGCAGAUCGAGGAUCUCCUGCAGACUGUCACCAGCAUCCUUCCUGGGGACCCUGAAGCUGAGCAGAAGGCGGAGAACAUGGCAGUGGAGGAAGGGGACCCUGAGUAACUAGGAGCCCCUGGACCGGCUUCCAGACAGAGGGGCUGAGAACCUAAAAGGCAUUCAAAACUGUUUGGUUUCACCCCAGAAUGCUUUGUAAAUUCUCUAAGCCCCAUCCCCGUUGACCAGAAGUGAACCCACGAGGAAGCAGCCCCAUGUGGACGGUUAUUAGUGAGGGGAAGCAAUC